AUGUCACAUUUAUCAGACAGCGAUGAGGAUGUACUGGAUACGGAACAUAUCACAAAACUGAGGCUGAUCAAUAAUGAAUCGAGUUUCGAUGGUGAUACCUCCAUUUACACGCUUCUCACCAGGCACAGUAGCUCCAGUGAUGGCACGGCCGCCGAGUCUUCACGCAGUGCUUCGUUACAGGACCAAGAGACGCCAGAACGAGUGGAUACAAAAGCAAGUGGAAUUUUUUCCAGUGCAAUGGACUCAACACAAGAAAACGGCGAGCUUUACGAUCCAGGGAAACUGGGAAAUCCACUUGGUAAUUGGCAGAUAAAUAGAGCGCAAUCGGGUUCAGGAAUGCAGGAUAUCCACAGUGAAUAUUACAUACCAAGAAUGGAGGAUGUGUCAGUGGUGGAUGGUAUCGGAGCAUCGUCAACCUAUGCUUUUGAUGAACUCGAACAGUUUCGGACGCUGUAUGAUGUUAAAGAAUGAUGCUACAUUCGUCGCAGAACCAAAUUUUAUAAGGGUAUUUUGGAAAAAAAAUCAUGA